AUGACUAAUGGGUACGGUUAUGGCUGCCACCUCCCACCUGACAUGGUAUUUCAUUUAAAGAAACACCGUCAUGAGCCGAAUGAACAAUCACAUAAAUCGUACCGUCCACUAACGGUACUCACUUUCCGGUGGAACUACGCGGUGCACGGCCUGCAACCAGCUGGUUACCAUCUCGUCAACCUGCUACUUCAUGCUCUAGUCUCACUAUUGUACUAUAGAGUUUGCGCGAUGUUCCUCCCGGAAUUCGCAAGUUUCGUGGCGGCCAUCUUGUUUGCGGUGCAUCCUAUACACAGCGAAGCAGUGACAGGUGUCGUGGGCAGGGCAGAAAUGCUGUCAUCCCUGUUUUUCCUCGGUGCGCUACUCUGCUACGCGCGGGCGGCCAGCAGGAGACGGUACACAGACUGGCGCUACGUUGCCGCGUGCACGACCUGUGUCGGCAUCGCUAUGCUGUGUAAGGAGCAAGGCAUCACAAUCACGGCAGUCUGUGUUGUCUACGAACUAUUUGUUGCACAGAAGCGCCGUGGUAACAACACGGGAAGAUCAUGGCUCGAAUAUUGGGGGAAAGGAGGGUGGGGUUGCGCGUGUGGAGAGGCAGCAAGACGCGUUGCCACAGUAUGCUGCGCUACGUUGGCACUUCUAGCCGCUAGGUUACAUGUGAUGGGCGCGCAAUUACCGGUCUUCACGAGAUUUGACAACCCCGCUGGAGCUUCUUCACCCCCAGCCAGACAUUUAACAUUCGCAUACCUGCCCGCUCUCAAUGCCUGGCUGCUAACUCUGCCAGAAGCGUUAUGCUGUGAUUGGACGAUGGGGACCGUGGCCUUAGUUCGUUCCUGGAAAGAUCCAAGAAAUUUAGCCACUUUAGCAUUGGCCACAACUCUGAUAGCUGGUGCAAUACAUGCACUAAGAACGCGCAGUUCUGCUUUGUCAAUGGGACUGGCAUUAUUAGUCCUACCAUUUCUACCAGCCUCGAACCUCUUCUUCCCUGUCGGUUUCGUGGUUGCUGAACGAGUUCUUUAUAUGCCUUCCAUGGGAUGGUGUCUGUUAGUUGCUCAUGGGUGGCGAUUAGUAGCUCAAAAACGGGCAAAGUUAGCUGCAGCGGCUCUUAUAUUCCUUCUUAUGGCAUUUAGUGCCAAAACUUAUGUAAGAAAUUGGGACUGGAAGACUGAAUAUUCCAUUUUUGCCUCAGGUCUCAAAGUCAAUCGAAACAAUGCAAAGCUUUACAACAAUGUUGGUCACGCUUUGGAGGCAGAAGGAAAAUACGGAGAAGCGUUAGAAUUCUUUAAAACAGCUGUCAGCGUACAACCAGACGAUGUCGGUGCUCAUAUUAACGUAGGCAGAACUUUUAAUCAUCUAGGAAAGUACCAAGAAGCUGAAGACGCAUAUGUAAAAGCAAAAUCAUUACUACCGAAGGCCAAACCAGGAGAAUCUUACCAAGCAAGAAUAGCCCCAAAUCACUUAAACGUUUUCCUAAAUUUAGCCAAUUUAAUAUCGAAAAAUGCCACAAGAUUAGAAGAAGCGGAUAUGUUAUACAGACAAGCCAUUAGCAUGCGAGCCGAUUAUACACAGGCGUACAUAAAUAGGGGUGAUAUUUUAAUAAAAUUAAAUAGAACAAAGGAGGCACAGGAAGUAUACGAAAGAGCUUUGCUUUAUGAUAGCGGUAACCCAGAUAUAUACUACAAUUUGGGUGUAGUAUUACUGGAGCAAGGGAAAGCCUCCCAAGCACUCGCUUACUUGGAUAAAGCAUUGGAACUAGAACCAGAACACGAACAGGCGUUGUUGAACUCAGCGAUAUUACUUCAGGAGUUAGGUGCUGCGGAUUUAAGGCAUCUCGCAAGACAACGGUUAUUAAAACUACUUGAUAAAGACGCUACUAACGAGCGUGUACAUUUUAAUCUUGGCAUGGUUUGUAUGGAUGAAGGCGACGCCGAAUGUGCGGAACGCUGGUUCAGAGCAGCUGUACAUCUUAAACCCGACUUUAGAUCAGCUCUGUUUAACCUGGCGCUGCUUUUGGCUGAUAGACGAAGACCUUUAGAGGCUGCGCCAUUUUUAAAGCAACUAGUCAGACACCAUCCAGACCACGUAAAGGCAUUAGUACUCUUGGGAGAUAUUUACAUCAAUUCCGUUAAGGAUUUGGAUGCAGCUGAAAGCUGCUACCGUCGCAUCCUGGAGCUGGAGCCGGACAACGUGCAGGCGCUGCACAACCUGUGCGUGGUGGCCGUGGAGCGCGGCCGCCUCGCCGUCGCCGAGGAGUGCCUCGCGCGCGCCGCCGCGCUCGCCCCGCACGAGCACUACAUACAGCGCCAUCUAGCGGUAGUGCGCGCGCGACGCGCCUCCGCCUUGAACACCCCCGCUGGCCCCUCGGACCCCCCGUCCGCUGCCCCCUCCGACCCCCCUCCCCCGCCCGCCGAGGUCCGCGCGCGCUGGAACUACAUCCCCCAGCAACCCCCCGACCCCCACGAGACCGACCCCUCGUAG